AUGCCCAUAAAUCUCGCCCUCGCCGGUUCAGGCGUCUUUGCCGAAGCGGCCUACCUCCCCGCUUUGCUCGCGACGACUUCAGCCAUCAAGCUCCACACCAUCUGGUCUCGCUCGUCCUCAUCCACGGACAAGCUCGUCGCUUCCGCCAAGACUCUCGAGCUCUUCAAAGACGCUUCAGAAGUCAAGGUCCUUAAUGGCCAAGACGGCUUCGAUGCUCUUCUCGCUACUCCCGAGGUCGACGCAAUUGCGUUCGUCCUGCCAAUUACGGCCCAGCCGGAUCUGAUCAUCCGGGCGCUGCAGGCGGGCAAGCAUGUCAUGAGUGAGAAGCCGGUGGGCAAGGAUGUGGAGACGGCCAAGGCUUUGAUCGGGAGGUAUGAGAAGGAGUUCAAGCCCAAGGGUCUGAUCUGGCGGGUUGCUGAGAACUACAAUCACGAUCAAAGCAUCCGUGCAGCGAGGGAGAUCAUGCAGAACAACAAGGACAUCGGACCGGUGCUAUACUGGAGCUUGCAGCUUCAUGCGUACUUGGAAGACGGGAGCAAGUAUCAGGCGACCCAGUGGAGGACCAUCCCAGACUACCAGGGAGGCUUCCUGCUUGACGGCGGUGUCCACUUCGCCGCUAUGGUCCGAAAUGUGCUCCCCAAUCCUCCUAACCGGGUCAUCUCCCACACCUCCCUCCACCGCGCCCACAUCCCGCCAACCGACACCAUCGUCGCUAUCGCCCGCUCGGCCGACAACCUCACGGUCCCCGCUCACGGUCCCGAAACUCAGCUCGAAACGCUCAUCACCACCUCGCAGAUGCCCGUCCCCGCCGGCAAGUCCUCUCCGCAGGGUACGGUGCUCAUGUCAUUCGCGGCGCCCGAUCUCGCACCAGAGGAUAGGCUACCCGCUUCUCUGCGCGUGACGUGCCUGAAUGCGGUGGUGCAGGUCAAGGGCUCAUCUGCUGGGUGGGUGGUGGAGGUUUUACCGGGGAAGGGAAGCAAGGUGGAGAGGUUUAGCAAGGAGAGUAAAGGGAACGGAGUGGAGGUGGAGCUGAGGGAGUGGGCGGAGGCUAUUGCGGCUGUCAAAGAGGGAAAGAAGGUCGAGGCGAGGGACGAUGGGGAGCCGAGGUUGGCGUUGUGGGACUUGGCGUUCGUGCAGGCGUUAUUGACGAGCGAGGGGAAGGAGGUGGAUAUUGAGGCUCUUGUGUCGAAUUAA